CCCUUUCUUCCUUUCGGAGGGAGGGGGAAGGAGCAAAGAGCGGCAUUCAGGUGCGCGGGGCUUUGAGGAUAGUGGCGCGCGCAUGCGCGGCGCCUCCGCCCUCGCCUAGGUGCUUGCGGCCCCACCCUUUCCUCCGCCUCCCAGCACCUCCGUUCGGCUGCGACUUGCGCGCUGGGGCUCAGAAGCUGGGGCGAGCGCGUAGCGGUAGGAAGGUUCCCGGGGGCUAAGAGAAGAAACUUCGUCCGCACCGGGUGUGAGAGCGAGCGCGCGCUUGCGCACGUCGAAGCGACCGCCGGACACUCCCCCCACUCCCCUUAGCCUACGGCCCGGAGCGCCGCGAGCCCCUCUCCCCGAACCUCCCCCGCCCCCACCUGAGCGCGAGCCGCGGACACCGUCCAAUCACCGGCGGCGGCAGGGGCGUGAGGCUCUCUGACCGAACCUUCCCGCCCCCACCUGUGCUCGAGUCGCGGACACCGUCCAAUCAGCUGCCGCGGCUGCGGCUCAGCGAGCCCUCCUUUCCCAUCCCCUCCUCCCAACGGUCGGCGGCGGCUGCUCGCGCGGGGCGCUCCGAACCGGGCCCAGGAUGGGGCAGCGACGACUGCGGGGGCCGCCGCACUUCCCGGCCUUACUCGCCCUGUUGGGGGCCCUGCUCCUCGCCGGGGCGGCCUGGGGCUUCGACGACCACCCCGACAGCACCAGCGACAACGAGGAGCCGGUCGACCGGCGGGGUGACGGAGCUCCCCCAAAGGAUGAUUCUGAAGUAUUUCCUGAAAAUGAUUUCAAUUUUGAAGACUACUGUGCAGCCAAAGCUGUUACUGGUCCUUGUCGGGCAGCUUUCCCACGGUGGUACUUUGACCCUAAGAACAAAACCUGUGCUCAUUUCAUCUAUGGAGGGUGUCGAGGCAAUAAAAAUAGCUACCUGACCCAAGAAGAAUGCAUGACAAAAUGUUCUGGCAAGCAAACCCAUAAAUCGUCUCAUCCUGUCAUGCUACAUUCCACCAAAGCUGUGGCCUUUGGCGGUGUUUCUGCAGUGAUAGCAGCCCUCCUUCUGGGGGCGAUGGUGGUCAUCUUGAUCAAGAUAUCCCGGAAGCAGCAGGCGAGUGCCUUUAACACGAUGUGGAGCCCCAUCGAUGACAAGGAGUACCUGGUGAAGAGCACCAACAUCCUCUGAGGAAGCCAGAAUCCCCCAUCCCGUGGGCAGUGGCAGCUUUGUCCCCCUUCUGCUUGGCUGCCACAAGGGCACAAAGGCCCCCAAUGGAGUGUAAAUAUGAGAAAUUGUUGGGUGAGGGGAAGAAAGGCCAUGUUUUUGGUGGUUUUAUUUCCUCCCUAGUUUUUUAAGUGUGAUUGGCUUUGUGUAUGCUUUUUUUUUUAAUUCCAAGAGGCAAGUAAGCGUACUUCCUAGUUUGGUGGGGGUGGGGGGGUGGGCGGUGGGGAAGAAGGCAUCUUGGUUUAGAAAUAUUUUUAAAGAAACCAAAGGAGAGAUUUUUACUUUAGGAUUCUGAAAGGGGGUAGAGGAAGAAAUGUGAAAGAUUAAUAAAAGUGCCUUCUCUUUGAAAAUACAUUUCAGCUGAUGCAGUCUUCCUUGAGUACACCCUCACCAACAAAACCCUCUUCUGGUCUGCUCCCACCCCCCAGAACAGUGGCAGGGACAGUGGUUCAUGAGUCUUUAGUGUUCAACAUGCUUUGCUUCCUAUGGCCCUGGGGUGCAGGCAGCAUACAAACAUCCCC